GGAAGACCACCUUGUCUGAAUGCCGCUACGUUAUUCAUACAAAUCAGUUCACGGACAGUAUCUUCAUUUCAUGUAUGCCGACAGUAAGUCACUAUGAAGUUCAAGUUAUGGAUGUUAGCCACAAUGGUUCUUUGUGUUUUACUGUGGCUUGUGACUCGGCAUGGCAUUCCAAGCGAAUAUAAUGAAAUCAGCAAGCACCCGUUUUCACAUGGAUAUGUACCAGAAGCAAACAGAGUAGACGACACAUCAGUGAAACUUGGCAUUCAGUGUGUGGGAGCAGGACCAAAUGAGGCAGAAGAUCUGUUCUGUAUGGAAAGACCCCAAUAUCUGCCAGACUUUAAGAACCCCUGCUGGUACGCAAAAGAGAACGGGGAGUUACGCCUGAAGUGUGUGCCUUACUUCCAUCUUCUGGGGGUGUGCAAAUCGGGGACCACCGACCUCGCCUACCGCAUAAGGGCCCAUGAAGACGUCCUCGGAUGCAAUAAUUGUCUCGGAGAAAAGGAAAGUUUUUACUGGUCCCACGGAAGAUAUGGUUAUGAAUAUUCCAUGAAAGAGAGGACACCCUGCAACUUCAGCUGCUUUCAACAUAUGUUUGCUCACGCUGCGCAAAAGAUAGAACAGACAACUACAGAAACAGGCUCUCACAAUAUGAUUACAGGUGACGAAACUCCAUUAGAUUUUAGCGAUUUCCGAGGAUGGCCAAAAAUACCUCAAAAUGUAGGUUUAGAGAAACCAGUGGUAAUGACACCCCAUCUUAUGAGACAUGUGUAUACAGAUCCGAAGUUCAUUCUCAUCUUCAGAAAUCCAACUGAAAGGUUAUAUUCUGACUACACGAUGAAGGGCGGAAGAUCAGCUGAGGAUUUCCACGAAGCUGUGACAAGAGAUAUCAAGACCGAGGAGACCUGCAUGAAGAACCACACGGUGGAACAAUGUCUGUACAGCCUGGAGAUAGCACGAACACUUCGGACUCGGAUUUUCUUAGGGUGCUAUUCAGUGUACAUGCGAGAAUGGCUGAAGGUUUUUCCUAGACAGCAAUUCCUUAUCUUGCGAACAGAGGACCACGAUCAAGAUCCAAAAUCUCAGUUAAGAAAAGUGUACAACUAUCUGAAACUGAAUUAUACUGAAGAUUGGUUGAGUUUUAUCGCCAAUGUGCCUCAUCAGCGGGUAUCUCAGAAGAAGAUAAAACAGGGUCCUAUGCUUGAAAAGACACGUGUUCUGCUGGACAAUUUUUUCAGCAGAUACAAGCAGGAUUUGGCAAAUAUACUACAGGAUAAAAGAUUUCUGUGGUUGACAUAAAAUCUCCUGAAAACAAAUGGUUCAUGUAAGCAAUUAUAAAUAACUCAAUGUAUCAAAAUCGUUAAAUAAAAUU